GUCCAAUGGCGUGAAUGCAUUGAAAAGUGUUGAGAGAAAAGCCAUUCAAACAGUGAAUGCAAUGAAAACACAAACCAAAUCAAUGUCUCAAUGAAUGCUUUGUAUCGCUAUUUCUGGACACCAUUUGGCGGACACUAUAUUAGCCGACAAUGAAUUACCCGAAAGGACCCGAAGAUGAAGAGCUGAGGAAUAUAAUCGACAAAUUGGCCCAAUUUGUGGCCAGAAAUGGGCCCGAGUUCGAGCAGAUGACCAAGAACAAACAGCGAGACAAUCCCCGCUUCUACUUCCUAUUCGGUGGCGAAUUCUUCAACUAUUAUCAGUACAGAGUGGCCACUGAACAUGAGAUUCACCGCAAACAACAGCAACAGCUCUGCGGCCAACAGAUAAUGCCGUCCGGACCACCACCUGGUCCUCAAUCACAAGCGCCGCCACAACAACAACAAAACAUUUGGCAAAACAAUGGCAUCAAUAAUAUGAACAAUACUAUGAAACCAAUCGAUCCAAAUGUGUUGACACAACAGAUCAACGAACUUCAGGAACAGAUCCGACAAUCGGAGACCAAUCUAACGGCUCAACACCAGGUUUUGAUGCAACAAAAGCAGAUGAUUAUCGAUGAUGUCAUCAGACAAUCACAAGACGAUCAGAUUAGACGAAUGGCCGACGAAUUUAACAUUGAUUUAAAUGAUUUCGAGAGUGUUUUGCUUCCCAUCGCCGAUAACUGCACUAAAGAGUCGAUUGCGAAGGGAAAGGUAUGGAUAUUCAACAACUGUAAUACUCCCGUCCAUCACGACGUGAUGGCCAAGUAUUUGGCUCAAAGAAUAACGACAAGCGGUUCGUCAUUUGAGUCGAGACUUCACUUACUUUAUCUGAUAAACGAUUUAUUCAAUCACUGUCAGAGAAAAGGAGACGACAGUCUUAAGCGAGCGCUCGAGAGAGUGAUUGUUCCCAUUUUCUGUCAUACGUUCGGUGACGCCGAUGACGACGACAAACAACAAAAACUUACUAAAGUAUGUCUUCAUUAUCUGAUGAGAGGUUCUCAAAAGGAUUUGUUGUUGAAUUUGACGAUAAGUUCGGUAACGAACGGACAGUUGGCUAAACUCACACAACUCCAGAAACAGCACUCGGAGUUCGUGGCGCACAUCCAGUCAAACAUACAACGAUUACAACAACAAAAACAGCAACAAAUGGUGGCCAAUGUAUCGCAAAUGUCGGUCCCAUCGCUGCCAAUGCCUAUCAAUCCGCAAAUGCCUGGACAUCGAUUACUGAUGCCUCCAAAUCAAUCACCACUCGGAACUCGACCCCCAUUGAUGGGUCAGUUCGAUCACCCGCCCCCUCAAGCACUCGGAUCGCGGCCACCAAUUGUGGGCCAAUUUGAUCAGCAAAUGCCAUCGCGACCUAACCUCAUGCCCCAGUUUGACCCUCAGGGGCCGCCACCGCCCACAUCUGUUCCCAUGUUCUUACCGCUCGUUCAUCAGAACCAACCGCCAGGUAUUCAGACGUCUAACUCAAGCCAAGCACCACAGCGUCUCCUUUUACCGCAAUUGCAUCAAUCGCCGCAAUUGUCCGUCAGAUUAGGACCCGUUCCUCAAAUUCAACAGCAAAUAAUGCCAACGAAUCAGGGCUUUCCCAACCCAUUGUCUGGUCCGCCAUUCACUCCCGCUAAUCAUCAGUUCUUUAAUGCCGCGCAUAAUACGGCUCCCAUUCCUCCCAAAGAAGUAAUCCCAGACGUGCCAUACUUUGAACUCCCGGCCGGACUUAUGGCACCGCUUGUGAAACUCGAAGACUUUGACUAUAAAUCCAUAGUUCCCAAAGACAUACGACUACCACCGCCCGCACCCCCUAACGAUCGCCUUUUACAAGCCGUGGAGGCGUUUUACGCGCCGCCCACUCAUGAGAGGCCUCGAAAUAGUGACGGAUGGGAACAGUUAGGCUUAUAUGAGUUCUUUAAAGCCAAAUCUCAGACAAUGAAAAUUAAAGAUGAGUCGCCGGCCGUUAAGGAUCCGAGUGAAGAGCCUUUUAGUGAUAAAAACAAAAAUACUGUCAAAAAUAGUAGUAAUAAUACUUCUAAUAAUAAUAAUAAUACUUCUAAACCGAAUCCAAAGAUCCGAGGAAAUCCAGGAGUAGACGGAGUCCAGAGCCGACGCCAAGUUUCAGACGAAGACACUCUCGAUCUCAUUCCAGGUCUCGGAGUCGAAGCCGAAGUCACAGUAGGAGUAGAAGUCGAAGCCGUAGUCCUAUUCGAUCGUAUCGGUCGAGGAGUAGAAGUCAUUCUCCGAUCCAAAGUUUUGCGUAAGUUUUACAUUAUAGAGGAGUCGGUUGUCGUUGAACUGAAUGGUUGUUUGCUUUUCAGUACUUAUACUAAACCGGAUACACGACUCGAUGAGUCGAAUAAAGGACAUCAAAUGCUCAAGAAGAUGGGAUGGAGCGGAACCGCUGGCUUAGGGGCCACAGAACAGGGAAUCAAAGACCCAAUCAAAGGCGGAGAUGUGCGCGAAAAUGAUGAAAAGUAUAGAGGAGUGGGCGUCAGGACAGCAGAGAACGAUCCGUUCGAGAAGUUUCGCCAAAAUAAAGGCAAGGCUUUCCUUCAAAGGAUAGCUCAGGGAAGGAGUGAUAAAUAAAAUUGUCAUGUUUUUUGGUCAAACAUUUGUUCAUUAAAUCAUUAAUUGAAUUAACAAUAAAUUUGAAUAUAAAUAACAACUUUUAAAAGAAAACAAAUUAUUGUAAUUUUUACAACAAAAAAAACGAG